CAAUGGGACACAAAAUCAUUUUUGGUCUCUGGGAAAGGGUCGUUGUCCAGCACAGAUGCGUUUGUCGGAGAAAGCAGUGGAGGUUCGAGUCAAGGCGUACAGCCUGGGGCUUCCAAUGAUACUCUGGGCAGAGAUGGAAGCCUAGAUGCCUCACCGCAAGGAGCGGCCGAGCGGGUCCUCACUUCACACCCACGGCAGCACUGGCACCGCGGAGGGAGGAAGCAUGUCCCGGUUGUCUCUCACCCGGUCGCCUGUGUCUCCCCUGGCCGCCCAGGGGAUCCCACUGCCCGCCCAGCUCACUAAGUCCAACGCGCCUGUGCACAUAGACGUGGGUGGCCACAUGUACACCAGCAGCCUGGCCACGCUCACCAAGUACCCUGACUCCAGAAUAAGCCGCCUCUUCAACGGCACCGAGCCCAUCGUCCUGGACAGUUUGAAGCAACAUUAUUUCAUCGACCGGGAUGGGGAGAUUUUCCGCUAUGUCCUGAGCUUCCUGAGGACGUCGAAACUGCUGCUCCCGGAUGACUUCAAGGACUUCAGCCUGCUGUACGAGGAGGCGCGGUACUACCAGCUGCAGCCCAUGGUGCGCGAGCUGGAGCGCUGGCAGCAGGAGCAGGAGCAGCGGCGCCGCAGCCGGGCCUGCGACUGCCUGGUGGUGCGCGUCACGCCGGACCUGGGUGAGCGGAUCGCGCUCAGCGGCGAGAAGGCCCUCAUCGAGGAGGUCUUCCCCGAGACCGGGGACGUCAUGUGCAACUCGGUCAACGCCGGCUGGAACCAGGACCCCACGCAUGUCAUCCGCUUCCCGCUCAACGGCUACUGCCGGCUCAACUCGGUGCAGGUCCUGGAGAGGCUGUUCCAGAGGGGUUUCAUCGUGGCGGCAUCCUGCGGGGGUGGUGUGGACUCCUCCCAGUUCAGCGAGUAUGUGCUUUGCCGGGAGGAGCGGCGGCCGCAGCCCACCCCGACUGCUGUCCGAAUAAAGCAGGAGCCCCUGGACUAGGCCCUGCCUCAGUGCCCACCUGAGGCCCCUUGGCCCUGGGGACACGCCCCAGGGACCUGGAAACAGUGCUGGGGAGUUCUGCCUAUGCCUGCUUAGCGGUGGGCGUGAGACUGAGGGUGGGGCUGGAGGGUUCAGUGCCUGCCCAGAGAGCCCCAGGGCCCUAGGUGUGUCAUGGCAACAGAACGUGGGAUGCUGGAGGCAUGCCCACUGAAGGACUGUUGAUGUGGCCCAAAGAUGCCGAGGUGGGAACUCUGCCACCAGUGGCCCGGGCCCCUCGGCUCCCCAGCUUGGUGCAGCAUCCUCGAGGCUCCACGCCUGCCGAGGCAAGGUCAGCAGAAGACCCCCCGGCCCACUCCAGAGGAGCCGCCCAUCCUUCUGCACGUGCGCAGACUCUACUGGGUCUCCUUGCGUCAGAGAUGGCUUAUUUUUCUACAGUAUUUAAGGCAGAAGUAACUAAGUGCGCAAGUGAGAGAGGCUGACAAGGACCAAUGCUUCUUUAUCUGGUGCUCAGCUCAAUUGGACACGCAGCAUGUCUGCAUGGGUGGCAGAGCUGCCGGGCACUUGGGCCCAGGUGCCUGCAGAGCGGGGCUUGGAGACUUCUGGUCCCUGCUCUAGGUGCAGGUGCAGGGAUGGCAGUGCCAUAGGGGCUAAAGCUGGGCCCCCAUGGGGGGUGGGGCUGCAGGGAGUGAGGUGGUGCUGGCGUGGGGGAUGGAUGGCUCUGGAACCAUUGGAGACCCUACUUUUGCUGCCGCCUGGGGCACGGGCCACACUUGUGAGUUACCUGACCUACUAAUGCCCAGGGAUCUUAGAUUCCUAUCUGUAUGUACUCACACCUGGGCUCCCAGAGGAGUCUCUCCCCAUGGGGACCAGCCAUGGGGCCACACCGCAUCCUUACCUCAGGAAUGGGUCCCAUGGUGAAGGGGCCCAUCUGUCAGCAUCCUCUGGGUCCCCAGCUCAGGAAGCCGUCCCCAGUUCUGAUUUUCCCACACUCAUGCACACUGAAUUUUAAUUAAACUGUUGUUACCCAACCUGCCAGUAAGACCCAGACACAGUCACACCUUGGGCUCUUGACCCGGAUUCCAAUGAGGACUGUCCCAGGGAGGUCCCCGCAGACCUGCUGCCUCCUAGAAGACAGGCCCAAAGAUGGAUACCCCCUGCCUUGCCACACUUCCCCUCUUGCGAUGGCUCUUUCCCUGGGGUGGAGAGACCACAGAGAACUGCUGGGCGGGUGGGGCAACCUGGCCGGCAUUGCCCCAUGUACGAUGCCUGUAGACUUGUAUAUGACUCCUUUAAUAUUGUAAAGAUGCCGAUGUACAAUUGUCGUGUGUUUGUGUAAACACAUCAUGUUCCUAGUUCAUGCCAUAAAUGAUGCUAUAAAGCGAAA